CGGCCAUCGCGUGACCGAAAUCCCGCGGGGAUCUCGCGCCUCGCCGCUCAGAAGAAUCGCAUUAACGUGCCGCGCGGCGCCCGAAAAGCUGCCCCCACCAACGCGCGCGUCUCUCCUGACCUGUAUCUCGCCCCUCGCCAAUUGAUUUUGCUGCGCGUGCCGGGCCCUUGGCAAAAUUAACGGAACAGCUGGCCCCACCCCCACGCCGUCGCCGCGCAGGCAAUAAAACCAUGUACAAAGUCCUCCUCGUCCUCGCCUCGGCCGCCGCGCUCAAGCGCCCGUCGCAUGCCGCGCUCAAGGUGCGCGGCGGCGAGCUCGGGCUCAACGCCGACACGGCGAUCAGCGUGGGCACGGGCCUCACGGCCCUCAGCGGGCUCUACGGUUUCAUGGACCCGGCGGGCAAUCUCGAGAAAUACGGCCUUACGAAGGCCGACGCCUCGGGCGUCAACAUGGCGCGCUGGUCCUCGGCCUGGCAGUGCGUGCUCGCCGCCAUCUUCGCCGCGGAUCCCGAGAAGGCCGUGGGCCUCUCGGGCUACGUCGCCGCCGCCAACAUCGUCGCGCUGGAGCCGGUGCGCGAGGUCAUGGGCUGCCCGAAGGCGUCGCAGUACGCCUGGAUCGCGAUCUGCACUGCGCUCGGCUACAAGACGCUCUCGGGCGACGUGUCCCCGUGGGCCCUUAUUGCUGUCUACGGCAUGAACGGCCUCCAGCAGCACUUCAUGCAGGACAAGACCCUCGAGAUGUACGGCUGCAAGAAGCAGUCGGCGCUCGGCAAGUCGAUGAUGGGCGUCGCGGGCAACUCCAUGCUCAUGAGCGCCGUCUACCUCGGCGCGCUCACGCAGGGCAAGUCGCAGGCCGAGGCCUUCGCCUACGCAUGGAUCCUCGGCGGCGGCCUGGCGCUCAAGUGGGCGUUCACGGAGGCCGACGGCCUCAACUGCCCGAAGUCGGGCGUCCUCGGCUGGGCUGUCGUCUCCGCCGCCGUCGCGUACUCCUGCCUCAAGGAGUGAGCCGUUCUCCCACUGGCAAGUCUAGAUGGCAAGUCCCGACGCGACUUGGCACUUUCCCCCGCCCACAAGUCUAUCUCGCCCACAAGUCCAUCCGCUUGUGAAUCUAACUACG